AGGCUCGUCCACUUUUUUUUUUUUUUUUACAGUGCUUCUCCUUCCUCGUUCUCGAGUGCUGGCAUCACUCACCACGCACACGACCCUACAGCUUCACUGUGUACGUGUCUGCUGGCCUGCUGGGAGCAAGGGUGUCUGGAUCGAGCCGCUUGUGGUGGUCGUGCACAAAGACGUUUACGUGUGGAACGUGCUGAUCGUCAGCACCGCCUACCAUUCGCCUCCCAGUAAUUUAAGGAAGCACUUCCACGCGUUUUUGGAGUGUCGCCUCUCCUACUCGGACCCAUAUCGAGACCUCUGGGCUGGUUGAUUCACCGUCACAACACCACGUAUGUGCUAUGAAGUCCCCUCGUCACGGCGGUGGGCUACGUCAAUAUUAAUUAAGAACAUUUUAAUGUGUGUCAGUUUUCCAUCCUGCGGUGCUGGGACAGUUUCCCGUUUAUAGAGGACCGUGAAGUAAUCGGCAAAAAGGAAGAUAGCAGCUAGCUUGGAUUUGCUCGCUGUGAAUAUCCAUGAGCUCUGAUUUUCCACACUACAGUUUCAGGAUGCCAAAUAUAGGGUUCCAGAACCUGCCCCUUAAUAUCUACAUUGUUGUGUUUGGGACGGCUAUCUUUGUCUUCAUCCUCAGUCUCCUCUUCUGCUGCUACUUAAUAAGGUUACGGCACCAGGCACACAAAGAGCUCUAUGCAUACAAACAAGUCAUUCAGAAGGAAAAGGUCAAAGAGUUAAAUUUGCAUGAGAUAUGUGCGGUCUGCUUGGAGGAGUUCAAACAGAAAGACGAGUUGGGGAUUUGUCCGUGCAAACAUGCAUUUCAUAGAAAGUGUCUCAUUAAGUGGCUGGAGGUGAGGAAGGUGUGCCCGCUAUGCAACAUGCCUGUCUUACAGCUGGCCCAGCAGGCCGGUACCACGGAAGCGCCUGUGCCAAUCCAGCAGCCUUUGCCUGGAAUUGAGAACUUGGUCUAGUUGACUGAAAGUCAACAUGACGGUGACAUUUUACACACACACAUACUGUACAUGAACACUGUCAGCUGUACAGGUACACUUUGUUGUGACUCGCCACAAACAUUGUGAGCCAACAUCUCUUAUCUUUUACACCGGCUCAUAAAAAGGAUUUUUUUUCAUCCGCUGAAACUGGACUCACUUUUCUUUUUCUUCAUGGACAUGGAAGGAAAGUUGAUGUGAUUUUCCACCCACCCAACAACACACACGGUUGGUAAUUUUCUCACAACCAAAACACCUUUUUGGGGACACCAGAUGAAGAGCAAGAAGAAGAAAAACAAAACAUUCAAGAGCUACAAUACACUAAAGUAUUUUAUAUUUUAUUUUUUUUAUGUUUUAUUUUUUUGUAUUUUAACAAGCACUUUACAAGACGUUAAAACUUAAUUGCUUGCAAUUGUGGUAGCAAAGUAUGUUUUAUAUUUUGUCAUUAGGUAUUACAUCCGUCUUCAACAUCAAGUCACUUCUGUUUUCAUUUUGAAUUGCUAAACAUUGACAACUACGAUGGGACAUGAAAGGGACAAAAAUAACAUGUUUUGAAGGAAAGUCCUCUUCUCGGGGACUUGAACUCAAUUUAAAUGUGACUGCAUGACCCACAGCAAGCUUCAUAUGAAGCACCAUCUGUUGGGCAGGAUUAGAAUGAUAGCCAAUCCACACAAUAGUUACAAAAAACAACCGGAAUUCCUCAUACAGUGGUGGAGGCACUUUAUUUUCUGAGGGUAUCAGGAAUUUAUUCAGGAUAAGGAGCCUUUUUAUUUGUUCUUUUCAAUAGAAAUCAAAUCCUUCAGCUUUACAGAUGCCAUGUCUGCUCUGGAAGAGAUAUGUUUUAAUGUGUGGUAAAGACACCUAUUGCUUAACCACUUGUUGGGCUUUUUUUGUCUGUUUGAGGUGCUGCGUUUAUUCACUCAAGUGGACAAGGUACUCUGUGAUUAAUUGGAGCAUGGCGUCUGUUCGAGCGGAAGCCACUCUUUGAGGAAAUACGGUAUGUUUUCAUUGAAGUAUGAAUGGUGCUCCAAGGCACUCAAAGCGCUGAAGGACUUUAUGUAAAAUAAAGGAGCUGUUUUAUUGAACUCAUGAACAUGAAAACAUCAUUUAGAGUUCCAAGUUGAUAUAAUGUGAAUAUUUAAACCAGUAUAAAAGAUUACCUGAGGCUUAAAAAAACAAAGAAAAAGCAAUGACCCAUUGUCAAAUCACAUGACCUGCUGUAAAAACAUUCUGAAUGAAUCCACAGCCACUAAAAAUGCCAUUUAGUUUUUCAUUCAUAGUAGAUGACUUUGGUACAUGUGCACCCAAGGUGUGAGUUAAUGCUAUAUUGGCUAAGACUCUACCUCUUUAACCUGCAUCAAGCAAUACAGAGCCCUCUGCUAGAGUCAGCGUUCACUGGUUAUAAUGAAGCAGCAGUUCCAUUCUCACACACACACACACAUAUCACACAGAGGCUCGUUCCUUUUUUAGGGUUCCAGCAUUCUGGAGCUUUCGCCUCUCGCUCGCUUUUCUACGGUACUUUUUGUUUGAACCUCUGAGCCCUGCUUUUUGUUUUGUUUUUUUGUCCCUGGCUGUUGGCUGCUCUCACUAAAAAGUGCUGGCCAGUUACGUGAGCAGCCACUUAGAAAAUAUUACUCCACACUGAUGAAUGCAAGACAAACAUCGUUUGGCAAGAAAAAAAAAAUUCAGUUCACAAUCUGUAAAAAAUAUGAAACCAAACACACAAAAAGGUGUAUUUGUUAAAGUUUUUCUGUAACCGGAAAGAUACUGUACUGGUACAUUUUUUAAAUAUUGUGAUUUAACACUCUUUACUGUAUGUGCACAUGGCAACAUCUUCUCGUUUCUGAAAUUACAUUUCAAUGAAAUGGCUAAAAAGCUCAUUAUUUUCCCAUGUUUAAUAUAUUGCCCAUGUUUAUAUAAUGAACCUCCAAAUUUGAAAACAAUCUGUUUUGCGUUUCUGGUUGACUACAGAGGUCGUCUAAUUUUUAAAAUGUUGAUGUGACUUGCAUGCGACUCGCUUCAAAUUACCUUUUGAAGACCAAAUAAAACAAAUGGCUUCAUGGCUGUUACACACCGCUGUCUCGCGUACACGUACAUGUCUGUAGCGCGUUCACGUACACAAACGCCGUCUUGUGGUUGUGACCACAGGCUAUAUGCGUUUAAUAAAAUUUGCCAAAUUGCUGUUGUUAGCUGACAACAAACACAACUAGUUUUUGCAUAUGUGUGUGAUAUGUGGCCUAUGUACUCAAAGCAGGAAGAGGCGGGUUAUCAUGCUAGUAGUACAUUUGAAUUACAGUCAAACUGUUACCAUUAUAAAACCUUUUUUAAACCUUAUUUUGUAUUGCCAUACAAAUGGAAAGAAAGGUUUGCCACUGCAACUAAGAUCAAGUGUAACUACUCACCUAGUGGUGUUUUAUAGGUACUGCUAUUGUUAAUUAAGGCGCGCCUGCCAAAUGACACAUCACUUUUGCAGCAUUGUACUUUGGCGGUUCUACUGUAAUUGAAUAAAUUGCUGAAAACGGACCCAAAACAAGUCAAGUGUACAUUGCAAACCCUCUGAUUGCGAGAUGGAAAUGAUUACGUCUAAAAGUAGGUUGCACUCAUAAGGUAUUGAACAAGAUGUAAUCGUCUUCCGGUCCAACUUGUUGUGAAAUGUGCAACAGUAGGAUUUGGCAUUUUGAGCAUUUUUUUUUCACAUUGAAAACAAAAUAAGCAACACAAUGCUUGUCUUUGCGAUGCUUAUAUGUUCUUCCCUUGUUGGUCUUUGUGUCACACACACUUUAGUGUUUCUGCACUUCCAGUAUUUGUAGGUCAGGUCUUAAACCUUGUCGUCUUUGAAUGUAUGCCUCAAUGUGAAAGCAUGCUACUUUGCAUCACCGCUGUAACGUAUUCACAUUAGUCGUGCUAAAGCUACCCAUCAAGUGUCUGAUUGUAAACACAAAAAAGGUCACGUUCUAACUCCCCUUCAAACUUAAGUGCCAAUGGAAAUGUGAACCUCAUCAAAAUGGAAAGAAUUUAGAAAUAAACUUGUUUGAGCCAUGAAUAUGUAAAUGUGAUGCAGCGCCAGUGUAAAUACUUCCAGCAUCUAAAAAAAAAGCUAUCGGGGGCAUCAGACGGUGCACGAUGCCCAACUUGACUUUUUGUGUUAAAGUCAUUAGAAAUAACCGCCACUGAUGAUUUAAAGACAAGGACACUCACGUCAACGUCUAUGUUAUUUAUUCCUCUGCUUUGUUGUGCCCCUCCCACUUGGAUAAGAAAAUAUAUACAGUAUAACCACCUUUACAGAAGUAUUUCCUUUUUUUUUUGUUAACACUAAUUGUGUUUGUGGACUUCCGCAGACAUUGUACAACUAAGAAUUCUGCAGCAGAAUAUUUUUGGAGAUAAGAGUAAUAAUAACUGUACAGUAUUUGUAAGCUCUAUUUUUGUAUAUUGCUAUUUUGAGAGAAAUAAUAAUACAAUGUUUUCUUUCUUCACCUUUUCCCCCCUAAUUUCAUGGUUAUUUGUUUCAAGGAAAAACUGCAUGUGACUGACUUGGUCUGUAAUAAAGUUUCCAAGUUUUGAAAAA